AGAGCUCAUGAAAACUCAUCCAGUAAGACCCACCACAAGUCCUCCCUCUGCAGCAGCAGAGCCAGCGACGCUGUCAGUCCCAUCAGCACCAGGAGAAGCUUCUCGCCAUCCUCAAACGCUGAAGUAGCCUGCAGGUUAGCCACAGAGGCUGCCAAACUGUCCACCGUCUUUUCAGAGAGGCGCUCUCCUUCUCCGACACCUUCCCACACCGAGUCCCUGCAAUCAGAGAGUCCAAAGAUAGGAGUGUCACUCCGCAUGGAGUCACAACCCUCCGCCACUCUUUAUGUGCGGAGCUCCCCCGAGUCUCUGCAGGCUGACAACCAAACCCCUAGAUGGAAACCUGACAGAACAGUACCUCAGACCAGAGCGGGACGCAUCUCUCCUCUCUUACCCCAGAAGGUCCUUUCUUCACCAGCGUCCCCCGCCCUGCCGGCUCGACUGCACCGUGCAUCCACCUCUCAGUCCCCGGUCUUAGAUCCACGGCAGCCAAAAGGUGCAUUGGGUACUGAGAACACGUCAACCCCACACCGCUGCCAGCCACCUCAGUACACAGGUGAACGUAAACCUCCAGGCAUGGAGCAAAGGCAGAGAUAUGAUCACCUGUUUUAUGGAUCAGCCAGAGACAGCCCUGAACUCUGCAGGAGACUUCUAUCCAGCCAAAGCACGGAGGCAAAGCCUGUGAGCUGGACCUCCAGGCACCAGGAGUGGAGGGAGGCCGGGACAGUCCAGGACAGGGAUGUACUCCAAGAACAUUACAGAAGGCAAAUAGUUGGAGUUUACAGUCCCAGCAAAGACGACUGGCAGAGGACGGCAGGAGGAGAACAAGGGAUGAAGGAGUCAGUUCAGAGGGACCAGAGACCAGUCAUAUUCAAAGAUAUGAGUGAGGACAUUCAGGACCACAGUGGGGGGGCUGGGUCUUCCUCUCAAAGCUCCAGUGGAGUAACGGGAAGUCUAGGAGACAGCUUACAGCCAGACAGGAUCGACACACUGUCUCCUGAGACAUCCAGCCAGUCCAGCCACGACACAGCCGACACCGGCUCAGGGAUUCAGUCAGACAGCGGCUCAGCAUCCACUCCGUCUUCACGUUCACAAAAGAUUGCACAGGCAAAGUGGGAGUUCCUGUUUGGAGGAGUGACGGGGGAGAGUCACUGCACGAAAAGACACGCAGACCGUCCAUCCUCCUCGCCCCCGUCCAGCAGCUCGCCCAGCCCCCCGCCCCCCUCCUCCCUCCACCUGAAAACCACAAACCAGAGGAGGGGGCAGGUCAGCCAGGGGCAGAAGUUAUCUCAUCACCAGGUGCGGAAGGUCGAGGUGGACCUAGUGACCCCCCAAACCAGAGGCUCCACCCCUAAGACGGGCAUCAUCCGCAAAACCAUCAAGUACUCUGAGACGGACCUGGACGCCGUCCCUCUGAGGUGCUACAGGGAGACAGACCUGGACGAGGUGAUGCGGGCGGAGGCAGAGGCAGAGGCCGCCGAGGACGGCGAGGUGGACUCGGCCUUUGGGAGUAACCGCAGCGUUAUAGGAAACUCCAACUACAGCCCUGCUAACGCCUCUCCAAGACCCGGGACAGGUGGAGGGAGGGAGGACGAGGAAGGGGAGGAUGGGCAGGAGGAGGAGGAGGAGGAGGAGGAGGAGGAGGGAGUUGUGAGCUGGGCCAGUGUGCGGAUGCUGGGAGACCGACAGAGACAGAGAGCGAACAGAGAGGAGGACGAGGUGUUCGGUCUGCUGCUGAAGGGGUCCUCAGACGCCUCUUCAAACAAUCAUGGCGGUCUUAAGUCUCCCAUCUCCCUUGGCAGCCCACGCCGACCCUCAGAGAGCAACCUCGACUCGUUCAGCCGCCAUUUUGAAAACAUCAUGGAGUCUCACCGAGCCAAAGGCACGUCGUACAGCAGCCUGGACAGCGUGGACCUCCUGACCUCUGGUUCCACGUCUGUGUUCACCUUCGACCUGCCCACCCUCACCCCAGAGAUCCAGAGUCAGAUCUGUGACAGUGCCAAGCAGAUCAUGGAGCUGAGCUUCGCUCCGCUUGCCCGACCUGAGCCGUCCGUCCCCUCGGAGCGGUCCCGCUCCUCAUUCGCCCUCAGCACCUCCGGCCCUGGGCUCCGCGGGGGCUCCAAAGACGACUCUGGACCUCCAGUUAGAUCCAAGUCAGAGAAAGAGACGUGGCGCCGCUCCAUCCUCAAAGACGGCUUCCGUAAGGCGAGCUCGGUCCCGUCCCUCAACAGCAACCCCCGAGAGCGUCCAGUGAACUGCCCUCCAGAGCUGCUGUACCCUCAGGCCGACGUCGCAGAGCGACUGGCACUUAGCGGCAGCGAUGACGUGAUGGCCAACGGAACAAAGCCUGACCUGCAGGCCGCCAAACGUCUCGCCAAACGUCUCUACAACCUGGACGGCUUUAGGAAGUCUGAUGUGGCUCGACACCUGGGCAAGAAUAAUGAGUUCAGUCAGAUGGUGGCGGAGGAAUACCUCAGUAACUUUAACCUCUCUGGUCUGACCCUCGAUCAGGCGCUGCGGAUGUUUCUGAUGAAGUUCGCUCUCAUGGGAGAGACUCAGGAGAGAGAGAGAGUCCUCGCUCAGUUCUCCAGAAGAUACAGAGAGUGUAACCCAGAGACAGAGGCCACUGAAGACAGUGUCCACACUCUGACGUGUGCUGUCAUGCUGCUGAACACUGAUCUCCAUGGAAACAAUGUUGGGAAGAGAAUGUCCUGCAGUCAAUUCAUCGCCAACCUGGAGGGUCUCAAUGAUGGAAAAGACUUCCCCAAAGACCUGCUGAAGACUCUGUACAGCUCCAUCAAGAAUGAGAAGCUCCAGUGGACCAUUGAUGAGGAGGAGCUGAGGAAGUCCAUGUCCGAGUUGGCUGAUGUCCGAACAGACUCCGCCUCCCACACAAUGAAGCGACUGGGGAGUGGAGGAAACCCACUGGUGGGCGCGGCCCAGCAGGCCGACGGCGAGCUCUACAAGAGCGGCUUCCUGGUUCGAAAAGUCCAUGCCGAUCCUGACGGAAAGAGAACUCCGCGGGGUAAGAGGGGGUGGAAGUCUUUCUACGCCAUGCUGAAGGGGAUGGUGCUGUACCUGCAGAAGGAUGAGUACCGUGCAGAGCGAGAGCUGACGGACGAGGACGUGAAGAACGCCGUGUCCGUCCAUCACUCUCUGGCCAUGAGAGCCGCUGAUUACAGCAAGAGACCCAACGUCUUCUACCUGAGGACGGCUGACUGGAGGGUGUUUCUCUUCCAGGCAGUGAAUCCUGAACAGAUGCAGUCAUGGAUAACGCGCAUCAACGUGGUGGCUGCCAUGUUUUCUGCUCCUCCAUUCCCCGCAGCAAUUGGAUCCCAGAAGAGAUUCAGCCGUCCUCUGCUGCCAGGAUCCAACACCAAACUGUCCCAGGAGGAGCAGGUCAAAUCUCAUGAGAACCGCUUCAGGGCAGUUUCCUCCGAGCUGGCCGACCUCACAGACUCAACAGCUGAUCGUAAAGCCAAAGGUCGCGAGCUUGAGGAGCACAAACUGAGACAAGAAUACCUGGAGUUUGAGAAAACUCGCUAUGGUACGUACGCCAUGCUGCUUCGGGCCAAGUUGUCCAGCGGAGACGAGGACCUGUCGGCUUUCGAGUCGCGUCUGUUUGAUGAUGGGGGCCUGCAGAGGGCGCAUUCCAGCCCCACCCUGCCCCAGGACGUCCCCAACAAGGAGAAGACCCGCGGCACCAAGACAUCCAAAAGCUUAAAGGUCACAUCCUCCUCCUCGUCCUCGUCCUCGAAGGGCAGCAGCUCCAAAGAAGGGAGCAAGAAGAACGGCGGCGGGAGCAGCCAGCAGGGGGAGCUGCAGAAACAGAGCAGCAAACAGGAAGUGUCGCGGUAAAGUGGCACCACGAGGAUUCAGGUUCUAUAACAGCAUAAUGCUGGAGACGGACAUGAAGCCUCACAGGAACCAGGCUGGCAUCCUCUUUUAAACCUUUUCUGUUGAACCUCUCUCAGAUUCUGAUUGGCUGAGCAACAUACAGAGCUGAGGCAUCAGAGGUCAGCUGGUCAAAGCGCUCCUGUGAAGGGAUCCAACGCAUGACUAUUUUAGGAAACAAUAAGGCGGGAAAUGCACGGUGAAGACGUGGAUCUGAGUUUAUACAGACAGAGUGCAGACAGGAAACAGCUGGAGCCCUUCACAAUAAAAGCUUUAUUUAUUGGAGCCCUUCACAAUAAAAGCUUUAUUUUCUGUCAUGACUUCUUUUCAGGGACUCUCCCUUUGCUGGAUCUGAUUGGCUGGUCUGCCGGUACUUUAUUUUUCUAUCACACACUGACCUCCUGCACAGCCGCCGCUCUGCUUCUCCUAGAGACCAGCGGGGGAGCAGGUUGCCAUGCAAACCCCACAUGACUGACAGAGCAUAAGGAACUGUUGCCAAGGCGACCAAAAAAUGUGUGUGUGUGUGUGUGGGGGGGGGGAAUGAGUGCCGAGACCUUGAAGUCAGGACUCCCCCGCUCCACCAACAAACAGACGGAGGCUGAGAGGAUGCGUCACAGAGACAAACAGGAACACACACUCCUCCACACUGUAUGUGUGUGUGUGCCCCUUUAUGUGUGUGUGUGUGUGUGUGUGUGUGUGUGUGUGUGUGUGUGUGUGUGUGUGUGUGUGUGUGUGUGCGCGCAUGUGUGUGUAUGUGUGUGCGGCUGUUUUUCUUCAUGUGGUUUCUCUGAGCUCUGCUGGUUGGAGGAUUGUUACAGACUGCUGACUGGGACCAGAACUGCUGGAUCUGAUAUCAGGUCCAGUCUGUGAUUCUGUUCACUGUUGUUUUGCCCCGCAGGGAGCAGGAGGGAACUCUUGGCUGUUUCAAAAGUAAAAACUUUAUUGAAACACUCCUGACAUUAAAGAGGAGUAAAGCUGUGUUCCAGUCUGUGUCAGGUACCUUCAGUUACAGGUUUUAACCCGGGACUAUAGAAGGACUCUCAGGGCCUCCUGAUAACAAGGAGUCUAAUGAUAAAGAAGGUACAGGAUUUACAGACCUCAGUGUCAGUCUGACAGCAGUUUGGAGCAGUGUUGUGCUCUCUCAGUGGCUUGUCGUUUACCAACCUUCAGUGAAGACUUUUCUUUGUGCUGGAAACUAAAACAUAUUUGAAUCCGUCCACUUUAUCUCCUCCUGAUCAUGUGAUCUGACCAUGUGACCUGAUCAUGUGAUCUGACCAUGUGACCUGAUCAUGUGAUCUGAAUAUUUGUGACCUGAUCAUGUGAUCUGAUCAUGUGACCUGAUCAUGUGAUCUGACCAUGUGACCUGAUCAUGUGAUCUGAUCAUGUGACCUGAUCAUGUGAUCUGACCAUGUGACCUGAUCAUGUGAUCUGAUCAUGUGACCUGAUCAUGUGAUCUGACCAUGUGACCUGAUCAUGUGAUCUGACCAUGUGACCUGAUCAUGUGAUCUGAUCAUGUGACCUGAUCAUGUGAUCUGAUCAUGUGACCUGAUCAUGUGAUCUGACCAUGUGACCUGAUCAUGUGACCUGAUCAUGUGAUGUGAUCAUGUGAUCAGAUCAUGUGACCUGAUCAUGUGACCUGAUCAUGUGAGCUGACCAUGUAACCUGAUCAUGUGAUCAGAUCAUGUGAUCAGAUCAUGUGACCUGAUCAUGUAACCUGAUCAUGUGAUCUGACCAUGUGACCUGAUCAUGUGAUCUGAUCAUGUGACCUGAUCAUGUGAUCAGAUCAUGUGACCUGAUCAUGUGAUCAGAUCAUGUGACCUGAUCAUGUGAUCUGACCAUGUGACCUGAUCAUGUGACCUGAUCAUGUAACCUGAUCAUGUGAUGUGAUCAUGUGAUCAGAUCAUGUGACCUGAUCAUGUGACCUGAUCAUGUGAGCUGAUCAUGUGGCCUGAUCAUGUGAUCUGAUCAUGUGACCUGAUCAUGUGAUCUGAUCAUGUGGCCUGAUAAUGUAACCUGACCAUGUGACCUGAUCAUGUGAUCUGAUCAUGUGGCCUGAUCAUGUGACCUGAUCAUGUGACCUGAUCAUGGGAACUGAUCAUAUGGGAGUUGAUGUUAUUUAAAGUUUGUGUUUUGCUGUAAUGAUUUUGUUUUUUUUAAAUAAUCUUCUGAUUGUUGAUUAUCAGGAUCAGAAAGAGCGCUCUGCAGCAGAAGUGAACAUUUAACCCUUCAGAGCACACGGAGGCAAAGGCUUAGAGUUCCUUAUCCCUUCGAUGGGUAACCUGGGUAAAGAAGUUCUGAACAUGCAGUUACCUCCAGCUGCCACUUAGUGUCAGUCACAGUCUUCAGGUGACACAAAAACUCUGUUCACCUGUUUGAAUUUAUAUUUCAUAAAAAGAUGUUUUACCACAUCUUUAGUGAACAAACUUCAACUUCAGGAGAUUUAAAGUAUCAGUUUGAAUGAACAAUAACUGAUGACUGUUGGUGAUCUGAAUCAGUAAUUGAUAUCAAAUAACUGAGAUGGAGUUUAAAGUAAAUGUGAAGCUCAGAUAUAAAGACAUAAAGUCAUCUUAUUGUUCAUUCUGUUAUAUAACUGCAGUAUGAGUCAUGUUUCUCUGUUUCCUGGAAACUCUGUUUGUUUACAGAGCAGAGGUAAUGACAGAAAUGUUCACCAAGUGGCAGCAGAGGUGUUUCAUGUUUGAACUCUUUAUUUGUAAACCAAAUGUUGAUUUCUCUCUCUAAAAAACAGUUUCCUGUAUCGUUGCUUUCUUUGCUAAUAAUGAUAUUUAAAAUGACACUCCUCUGAUUGUUGUAUGGUGAUCAGUUCUGUGAAACUCUGAAGCUGGAAACUUUAAUCCCUUACAAUCAACUGUCUUCAGACAUCCUGAAAACACUGAAGGGAAUCUGGAACAGCUGGUCUCUGAGGAGAGAACGUCUCUGAGUGUUUCUCCUGAAAACAGUGGAGUUCAGACUCUUCCUCCUCAGUGAGGGAGGGAGCUCUUCAUGUUGAACUUACUACUGGAGUUUCUCUCACCGUUUGAUUCCUGCAGAAAAGGAAACUCUGAGAUCUCAGAGGAAAGGCGUGAAGGAGCUGGUCACUUUGGAGUUUUGUUGGACUGCAGAGACACUUUAAAAACUCCAUAGAGGAGAAUCACCAAGGUACAAACGGAACUAAGACUGAGCAGCUUUUUAAGACUAUUGUUUACACAUGACCUCCUAAAAGAUGGAACCACAGGACAUAACCUCCUGCAGUUUAUACUCUGUGUAUGAACAAAGAUGCUCAGAGAACAGACCACAGGCCUCGGAGCUCCACCCAGACAAAAACAAUUAGAGAUUCAAGACGCUGUACAAAGUUUCAGUAGUAAACAACAGCUAAAUAUCAAGGCGGUCAGAUAUCAGGGUCAUCUAUCCUGUCAUACAAGACUACACCAUCACUAAUAUAACACCAUACUACACAAUCACUUAUAUAACACCAGACUACACCAUCACUUAUAUAACACCAGUCUACACCAACACUUAUAUAACACCAGACUACAUCUGAACCAUCAAAAAUACAACACAAGACUACAUCUACAUCAUCACUUAUAUAACACCAGACUACACCAACACUUAUAUAACACCAGACUACAUCUGAACCAUCAAAAAUACAACACAAGACUACACCAUCACUUAUAUAACACCAAACUACAUCUACACCAUCACUUAUAAAGCACCAGAAUACAUCUACACCAUCACUUAUAAAGCACCAGAAUACAUCUACACCAUCACUUAUAAAGCACCAGAAUACAUCUACACCAUCACUUAUUCAACACAAGACUAUAUCUACAUCAUCACUUAUAUAACACCAGACUACAUCUACACCAUCACUUAUAAAGCACCAGAAUACAUCUACAUCAUCACUUAUAUAACACCAGACUACAUCUACACCAUCACUUAUAAAGCACCAGAAUACAUCUACACCAUCACUUAUAAAGCACCAGAAUACAUCUACAUCAUCACUUAUUCAACACAAGACUAUAUCUACAUCUACAUGAUCACUUAUAAAGCACCAGAAUACAUCUACAUCAUCACUUAUAUAACACCAGACAACAUCUACACCAUCACUUAUAUUACACCAGACAACAUCUACACCAUCACUUAUAUUACACCAAACUACAUCUACAUCAUCACUUAUAUUACACCAGACAACAUCUACAUCACCACUUAUAUUACACCAGACAACAUCUACAUCAUCACUUAUAUUACACCAGACAACGUCUACACCAUCACUUAUGUAACACCGGACUACAUCUACACCAUCCCCUAUAUUACACCAGCCAACAUAGACACCAUCACUUAUAUAACACCACACAACAUCUACACUAUCACUAAUGUAACAACGGACAACAUCUACACCAUCAAUUAUAUUAUGCCAGACUACAUCUACACCAACACUUAUAAAAUCCCAGACCUUAUCUACACCAUCACUUAUACAACACAAGACUAUCUACAUCUACACCAUCACUUAUAUAACACCAGACUACAUCUACACCAUCACUUAUAUAACACCAGACUACAUCUACACCAUCACUUAUAUAACACCAGACUACAUCUACACCAUCACUUAUUUUACACCAGACUACAUCUACACCAUCACUUAUAUAACACCAGACUACAUCUACACCAUCACUUAUAUAACACCAGACAACAUCUACACUAUCACUAUUGCAACACCAUACUACAUCUACACCAUCACUUAUAUAACACCAGACAACAUCUACAUCUACAAUAUCACUUAUAUAACACCAGACUACAUCUACACCAUCACUUAUAUAACACCAGACAACAUCUACAUCUACAAUAUCACUUAUAUUACACCAGACUACAUCUACACCAUCACUUAUAUAACACCAGACUACAUCUGCAUCUACACCAUCACUUAUACAACACCGGACUACAUCUACACCAUCACUUAUACAACACAAGACAACAUCUACAACAUCACUUAUACAACACAAGACAACAUCUACAACAUCACUUAUAUUACACCAGACAACAUCUACACCAUCACUGAUAUAUAUAAGUAUAUAUAUAUCCAGAUUGAUUGAAUGACCUCAGAGUGAGUCUCAGUGUAAAGACUGUAACUCCCAUCAUCCAUAAGGAAUACUUAUUUUUAAGUGUUUUUGAUUAGGCUGAGUCUCUGUCCUCCAGUCUCCUUUGUCUGGAUCCAAAUGUCCACUUCCUGUACUUGUGAAGCUGAAACCCUCACACUUUCUCAGUGCUGCUGAGCUGUGUGCAGCUCAUGUAACUUACUUACUCCUGUCUCGCCUCUUUCAGAUAAACUCUGGCCUCUGGAUGAUCUCUGACAUGUUGGUUCAGGAGGAAUCUGCUGAUUGAUCUGAUGCUGACACAUUAACAGACAGAAGAGAUUUCACGCUGCUGUGCUGUUUGAGCCCCGGGUCGGGGUCUUAUUUACUCCUCAGAUAACAGUAUAAGUGGUGUGUGUGUGUGUGUGUGUGUGUGUGUGUGUGUGUGUGUUUGUGUGUGUGUGUGUGAGUUUUUGUGUGUGUGUAUUUGGGUGUGUGUGUUGCAUUGUGCGGUGUAAAGCAGCUUACAAGAACUGUCAUGGCCGCUUUUAGCUCAUUGUCUUUGUCCAAACCUGUAAAUAAAGAUUUGACUUUAAUGAAGCCAUACUGUAGCCGGGCUGCGGCCUGGCUGCUCGCUGCGUUUAGAGCACUUUGUUUAGAUAUUUGAGAAUAAAGCUGAACCUCCUCACAGGA